ACCAGAACAUUGAUUGUGUGGAAAAAAAUAACGUGACCAGACGUAAGCAAAAUAAAUAGCUUUUUUUUUUUCAUUAACACAUUGAAUAAGUAAGCGUAUAAUACUACCUAGUUAAUACGUGUGUAUAUGUAUUACUAUCAUUACGUGAAUAAUUCCCAAGUGAUCUCGCUUUAUGUUUAAAGACACAUAGCUGAACCGAAGAAGGAUCUCCGAGUGGAAGCGGGCUGUUUGGACGUUCAUGGCACACUGAGUCGACCGCACCAUGACCGCUGAGCCGGAUGCGUUGGCCGUGGUUAACCAGCUGCGGGACCUGGCCGCCGACCCCCUCAACCGGCGAGCGAUCGUCCAGGACCAAGGCUGUCUGCCUGGCCUCAUCCUCUUCCUAGACCACCCCAACCCCCAGGUGGUGUACUCCGCUCUUCUGGCUGUGCGCUACCUGGCAGAAUGCCGUGCCAACCGAGAGAAGAUGAGGGGAGAGCUGGGCAUGAUGCUGAGCUUGCAGAACGUCAUGCAGAAGACGACGACCCCUGGUGAGACCAAGCUCCUGGCCUCCGAGGUGUACGAGCUCCUGCAGGCGGCCGGCAGCGCGGAGGAGGACCAGCCCGAGGGCGGGCCAUCCUGCCGGCGCAAGGCCCAGUUCUUCCUGGGCACCACCAACAAGCGUGCCAAAACCGUGGUGCUCCACAUCGACGGGCUGGACGACUCCACCCGCCGGAGUCUGUGUGAAGAGGCUCUGCUGAAGAUCAGGGGCGUGAUCAGCUUCACCUUUCAGAUGGCUGUGAAGCGCUGCAUCGUGCGUAUCCGCUCUGACCUGAAGGCUGAGGCGCUGGGAUCGGCCAUCGCCUCCACCAAAGUGAUGAAAGCUCAGCAGGUGGUGAGGAGUGAGGGUGGAGAGGAGGUUCUGGUGCCGUUCCCGGAGGACGGGCCGGUGGAGGUGGAGCAGAACACAGAUCUUCCAGACUACCUGCCGGAGGAGGAGAGCCCCUCCCAGGAGCCCGACAAGGCGGUGUCCCGCGUGGGGUCUGCCCAGGACGGCGUGGGCUGGCUCAACACCGCCGCAAACUUUUUAUCCCGCUCCUUCUACUGGUGACGAGCCGGCUGUAAGCCCCGCCUUCCACCGACCCCACCCACCAACCUCUCCUCACUCCUGCACCCUACAACUGUACUGCGAUUGGCUGCCUGCCUGCCUGCCUGCCUGUCUGUCUGUCUGUGGAGUGCAGAACUGCCAGGAACAACUCGCAAUAAACUAACGGGGCGGGAAAACGAGCUAGAACAACAACCGGCAGCACAUGCACGCACAGAAAUGCGCACACACACACAAGCACGCGUGCACACACACACACACACACACACACGCGCCUGCAUGUGUGCACAUGCACACUUUUACCUGCAGAUCGCAGAACUGAAACCAUUAACUGAGGAGGACUGGGCUCAGAAGUGGUUUCUUUUUUUUUUUUUCUAUUUGGUUCUGUUUCUAUUUUUUUUUUUUUUUGCAGAACGGGUGUUGAAUAAAUCUCCACAUUCCACUUUCUUGUUCUGAAACGGGUCCAUCUUUUUCUAAAAACAAAAAGCACGAGAAAACCAAAAGGCACCCAGCUGGCCGCCCGCUCCCCUCCCGUGGAGACUCCGCCCCCCGCUGGCUCAUGGUCGAGCUGCUCGGACCCGCACACAAGCCGCAUUUUCUUUUUCUUCUGCCUUUUCAUUAUUGCUCAACCCAAACCUUUUUAGAUUUGAUCACUGAAAUGAUUCUGCAUCGCAGUCCCUGUUGGUAUGAGUUGACUUAACACUCGACAUUUUACUGUGACGGCUUUUUCUUUCUUCCUUUUCCCCUGCCAAGACUCUUAUUUUCUUUACCAUCUUGUCGCCCUCUCUUUGGGUUUACGGUUUUCACCCACCUGUCGUGUGUGCCUUUGGAAUCCUUUUCUGUCUUUUUUAUUUUUCUCUCACAAAGAUCCCUCUCCAAAACGGAGAACGUCACAGAAAAGUGGUUGUUGGCCAAAAUGGCAGCUGCCGUCAGAUUAUGCGAGAGCUGCACAGCUCUCCCGUGAGCCGGGGCGAUGAGCAGAGCUUUGGGCCAUCUGCCGCAGCGAAUCCUCCCGUCUGUCAGAGCUGGGGUUUGAUGGAGGUUCACAUUGGGAGCAGAAUUGGCAGUUGGCCGUUUUUCCCCGAUCCAGAGUCACUUUCAGUUGCUCGGCUGUCUGUAUUGAGGAGCUUCUGUACACAGUUGGGUGUCGAGCGGGGUUUUUCUUUACAGUGAGCUGAGUAAACCCGUCAUGGCGAGGAGGAGGCAGUGUAGAUGGUGUGGAGUUGAGGGUGGGGUGGUGUGAGCAGUGUUGUUUUACUUCCCUAGUUUGCUGCUACAAUCUCUGUAGAUGCCGUUUUUUUGUUUGGCUUCAUCACCUAGUCUCUAUUUACCCGUCUGUGUGCAUAAUAAAGGUCAACAAUGCUCUCAAUGCAAUGCUCCUAUGAACUGUCUAUUGAAGAACAAGCCCAGAGUAAGGCUUGCAAGUAUGUUAUUUAACCAUGUUCAAAGUACUUUUGUGUUUUUCUGAAAUUGAGUUUAACCCUCUUGACCACGUUGUUCAUAUUUGAUUCUCAACAAUCUGUCGAGCCUUAAACUCUUGAUUUGUGAAAAGAAGCCACUGAAUUUGCCAAAUCUGUGUUUUUGUUCAUGUCUAUGUCUGAAUAUGGUACAGUGCGAAAGCCUCAGGCUUGGAAUUCAUGGAGCCGGCAGUGUCCUUAAUGCUUCGCCCAUGGAACAGAUCAACCCAAUAUCAUGAGCACCCUUUUUAAAUCAGGUUUGUUCAUUCAUAAAUGGCAUCUUGCGAAUUGCUUGGACAGAACAUGCUCAGAUCCUCCAUCUUACAUGGUUUCAUCAAGGUAUUUGUAACCUGACCAAUUCAGGGUUGCUGAUUGGCAUAGAAUGGCUUUGGUUGGUCAUCUAUAAACUACGGAAAUGGAGCAUUCUGCUUGUAAUUGUGUUUUCCCUGAACCGUGAGAUGGUCACGUCAUGUGAUCUAUCCAGGCAUGCUGUCGAGACUGAACACGGGAUGCAUUAUGAGGUCACCUGAAACCCAGGCAUAGAGUUUGGUUGGCCACACCAGGAAUAUAUGGAUCAUACUCACAAGACCCCUUUGCUUAUGUGCUUGCCCAUGUCCAGGUGAAAUGUACUGUCAUGUCUUAUUUUCAAGUUUGUUUGGCUUUUCCACCACAAUAUAUAGCAUUUAUAUCAAGAUUGGGUUGACACCCAAUUAGUUUGCCCUAUGUUUUGGCUUGAAAUCAUUCAAAUAAGUGUGUGAAGUGUACACUAAUAUUCAGAGAUUUACUUUAGUAUGUAGCAUAAGUACUAACCAAGGAAAUGUACAUGGUGAUUCCCCUGAGGUUUGCUGUGGGACCGAUUCUAAUGCCAAUUCCCUCAUUGAAGAUGUGUUGCUGCACGCACAAGCUUUUUUACUUUAUUCUUUAUUCUUAAACUGUUCUUUAAUUUAAAGAUACAAUUCCCAUUCACCUACUGUAUAUUAAAUCACAUUUUCUGAUGUGUGCAGAACCAAUAUUAGCAAUGUUCGUUGUGUACAUGUAUUUUUUAUUUUUUUAUGUUUUAAUCCCUUCCAACACCAUCGUAUUUCCAGGUCAAUACCUUGUGCUUGGAAUCUGUUGGUAUGUCUGUAUAUAAAUGUGUAUGUUACGUUUACCCUAAACCAUGCAAAACAAAUGUUAUUCAGGGCUGUAGCUGCUCUGUUGGCCCUUUUUGCCAUCUAGUGGUGAAAGCCAGGUACUGCUGCUUUAGGGGAGCGACUCUUUCAGCCAACGAGAGUGAGCGAAACCCUCAUUUCAGAAGCCGCUUCUAUUGGCUGCAGCCAAGUAACCCCUGGAGUUGAGUACGGUCAUGGUUGUUGGUUUUGCCGGGUUCGCACAUUCAGGCUUUGCAUCCAGUGUGUUUGUGUAUUGUACAGUAUGUGAAGUGUUAUGAGAUCUCAGAAACAUUACCAUUCUCAUUGACGGAUACCUGCAGAGAAUAUUGAAUAAUAAAAUUUGAAACCAAG